AAAUCAUGCGCACUGAUUGACGAUGACACAUUAUAAAUGCCCAAAAAGGCGGCCGUCUCGCCACUUUUGUCCUCAAUUUCUUCAGCCCCGCUGUCGACAAAAUGCGUUCCUUCGCCUUCGCCGCCGUUGUCUGCAUGACCCUUGUGGUCGCCUCCGCAGUGAUUCCUACCGAGAGGAAGGAAAAGUCCGACAAGCUGCGUGCCGAGUGUAGGGAAGAGCAGCACGUCACAGUGGAGGAUUUGGAAAUCCUCAAGACCAAAGAGUAUGGCCUGCAGUACCCUGAAAAAGUUCAGUGCUACCUGAAGUGCGUCGGUGAAAAGUACGGACUUUAUGAAGAUGGCAAACUGGUUGACGCUAAGGUUGAGACAGAGCUGCGGGCUGACCUGGUUGACAACCCCACCAGGGCUCAGGAGCUCAUUGAGCACUACGGCCACUGCAAGGGAGAGACUGGCGCUACCGCCUGCGAAACCGCUGCCAAGGUCUACAACUGCAUCAUCACCCACAAGCACUGAGUUUUUGAAUGUAAAUAAAAUUGGCUCUCAAUAAAUAUCAGCUACAAAACAAAAAA